UGUCCUCUUUUCAAGUGUUUUAAAAUAGAUUUUCAGAAUUAGGGUUAAAUCUGUGCUGGUGCCUGUGUGGCUUCCCCUGAUUUUUUUUCCUGUGGAAGCGCAUCCUUUGCGGUAUUCCCCCUUCAGCAGAAUCACUUAGACACUUCCAGCUGGUGGCCAGGGAUACAGCCAUAGUACAGCUUUCUCCGUCCCAGCUGUCUUUUUCAUUCCGUUCAGUGCAUUAUGAUGGCUGGACGAUUUUCUGAAGGCUCAGGUACAAGAAGGUGUAGGAUGAAAUCCGAGGACGGGCAUUUUCAUUGUUAACCCUCGGCUACCUCAGCAUCUUGGCCAUUUGACUGUCUUCCCCUUCCGAGGCAAAGAUUUCUUUCCAGUGUUGCGAAUGCUGCUUGAAGGCUGAAUUAAGGUGCCCGAGGAGACCACCUUUUGCAAGAAAACAUUGAUUCAGGGAAUUUUUAACACACUAUGGCUCAUGCAGCAUCGCAGUUAAAGAAAAACAGGGAUUUAGAGCUCAAUCCUGAAGAAGAGAAUGAGAAGAAAAAGAAGCACAGGAAACGGUCCCGGGAUCGGAAGAAAAAGUCGGAUGCUAAUGCCAGCUAUUUACGAGCAGCACGAGCUGGGAACUUAGAAAAGGCCCUCGACUACUUGAAAAAUGGAGUCGACAUCAACAUUUGCAAUCAGAAUGGGUUGAAUGCCCUCCAUCUUGCUUCCAAAGAAGGGCACGUUGAAGUUGUUUCUGAACUGAUCCAGCGAGAGGCCAAUGUGGAUGCCGCCACCAAGAAAGGAAAUACAGCCUUGCACAUAGCAUCUCUGGCUGGACAGACAGAAGUAGUGAAAGUGUUGGCUACAAAUGGGGCUAAUGUCAAUGCACAAUCUCAGAAUGGUUUUACUCCGUUGUAUAUGGCAGCCCAGGAAAACCACUUGGAAGUUGUCAAGUUUCUCCUGGACAAUGGUGCAAGUCAGAGCCUGGCUACAGAGGAUGGAUUCACCCCUUUGGCUGUUGCUUUGCAACAAGGCCAUGACCAAGUGGUGUCAUUGUUGCUUGAAAAUGAUACGAAAGGAAAAGUCCGUCUUCCAGCUCUUCACAUUGCUGCUCGGAAGGACGACACCAAAGCAGCCGCACUGCUUCUGCAGAAUGACCAUAAUGCAGAUGUGGAAUCCAAGAUGGUGGUGAAUAGGACAACAGAGAGUGGCUUCACUCCUCUCCACAUAGCUGCUCACUAUGGAAAUAUCAAUGUAGCCACGUUGCUGUUAAACCGAGGUGCGGCUGUGGACUUCACGGCACGGAAUGAUAUCACACCCUUGCAUGUGGCGUCUAAGAGAGGAAAUGCCAAUAUGGUAAAACUACUGCUUGAUCGAGGAGCUAAAAUUGAUGCCAAAACAAGGGAUGGGCUUACACCACUCCACUGUGGCGCUAGAAGUGGACAUGAACAGGUUGUGGAAAUGCUACUUGAUCGAGCUGCUCCUAUCCUUUCGAAAACAAAGAAUGGCUUGUCUCCACUGCAUAUGGCAACACAAGGGGAUCAUCUAAACUGUGUCCAGCUUCUCCUUCAACAUAAUGUGCCUGUUGAUGAUGUCACCAAUGACUAUUUGACUGCACUGCAUGUGGCCGCCCACUGUGGUCACUACAAAGUUGCCAAGGUUCUUUUGGACAAGAAAGCUAAUCCGAAUGCCAAAGCGCUGAAUGGUUUUACACCUCUUCAUAUCGCCUGUAAGAAGAAUCGAAUGAAAGUUAUGGAGCUUCUACUGAAACAUGGUGCAUCUAUCCAAGCGGUCACUGAGUCGGGUCUCACUCCAAUCCAUGUUGCUGCCUUCAUGGGACAUGUAAAUAUAGUAUCACAACUUAUGCAUCAUGGAGCAUCACCAAAUACUACUAAUGUGAGAGGAGAAACUGCACUUCAUAUGGCAGCCAGAGCCGGCCAAGCAGACGUUGUGCGAUACCUGGUACAAAAUGGAGCCCAGGUGGAAGCAAAAGCAAAGGAUGACCAAACACCGCUGCAUAUUUCGGCACGGCUGGGGAAAGCUGAGAUAGUCCAGCAGCUGCUACAGCAAGGAGCAUCCCCAGAUGCAGCCACUUCUUCUGGGUACACUCCACUUCACCUUUCCGCGCGGGAGGGACACGAAGAUGUAGCUUCGGUUCUUCUGGAGCAUGGGGCCUCUCUAGCCAUAACGACAAAGAAAGGGUUUACCCCACUUCAUGUGGCGGCCAAGUAUGGAAAAAUUGAAGUAGCCAACCUCCUCCUUCAGAAAAGUGCAUCCCCAGAUGCUGCUGGAAAGAGUGGAUUAACUCCACUGCAUGUAGCCGCCCACUAUGAUAACCAGAAAGUGGCCCUUCUACUCUUGGAUCAAGGAGCUUCCCCUCACGCGGCUGCAAAGAAUGGUUACACACCACUGCACAUAGCUGCCAAGAAAAACCAGAUGGACAUAGCAACAACACUGCUGGAAUACGGAGCAGACGCAAAUGCGGUUACCAGACAAGGGAUUGCUUCGGUCCACCUCGCGGCCCAGGAGGGUCAUGUGGACAUGGUGUCCCUACUCCUCACCAGAAAUGCCAACGUGAACCUUAGCAAUAAGAGCGGACUGACCCCAUUGCACCUGGCCGCCCAGGAAGACCGAGUGAAUGUGGCAGAAGUCCUGGUGAAUCAAGGAGCUAUUGUUGAUUCCCAGACCAAGAUGGGGUACACACCAUUGCAUGUGGGCUGCCACUACGGAAACAUAAAGAUUGUUAAUUUCCUGCUGCAACAUUUUGCAAAAGUGAAUGCCAAAACAAAGAAUGGUUACACUCCUCUACACCAAGCUGCCCAGCAGGGACACACCCAUAUCAUAAAUGUCUUGCUUCAGAACCAUGCUGCCCCCAAUGAACUCACUGUGAAUGGGAACACUGCCCUUGCCAUUGCCCGGAGGCUGGGCUACAUUUCAGUGGUUGACACAUUAAAGGUUGUGACUGAAGAGACCAUGACUACAAUUACUGUCACGGAGAAACAUAAAAUGAAUGUGCCAGAAACAAUGAAUGAAGUUCUUGAUAUGUCGGAUGAUGAAGUUCGUAAAGCCAAUGCCCCUGAAAUGCUCAGUGAUGGUGAAUAUAUGUCAGAUGUUGAAGAAGGUGAAGAUGCCAUGACGGGUGACACGGACAAAUAUCUUGGGCCACAGGACCUGAAAGAGCUGGGAGAUGAUUCCCUGCCCGCGGAAGGAUACAUGGGCUUUAGUUUAGGCGCUCGCUCUGCCAGUCCUAAGAUCAGCCUCCGCUCCUUCAGUUCGGAUAGGUCCUACACCUUGAACCGAAGCUCCUACGCACGAGACAGCAUGAUGAUCGAAGAGCUACUUGUGCCAACAAAGGACCCGCAUCUAACAUUUACGAGGGAAUUCGAUUCAGAUUCUCUUCGACAUUACAGCUGGGCCGCUGAUACCUUGGAUAAUGUGAACCUGGUCUCAAGUCCUAUCCACUCUGGCUAUUCUUCUCCACUACCCCAGUAUGAUUCAAGGUUUCUGGUUAGCUUCAUGGUGGAUGCCCGUGGAGGAGCCAUGAGAGGGAGCCGUCAUCACGGGAUGAGAAUUAUUAUUCCCCCACGCAAGUGUACUGCUCCGACUCGCAUCACCUGCCGUUUGGUAAAGAGGCAUAAACUAGCCCACCCACCCCCCAUGGUGGAAGGAGAAGGAUUGGCUAGCCGGCUGGUAGAGAUGGGUCCUGCUGGGGCCCAGUUUUUAGGCCCUGUUAUAGUUGAAAUCCCUCAUUUUGGAUCUAUGCGAGGAAAAGAGAGAGAACUCAUUGUACUUCGAAGUGAAAAUGGUGAAACUUGGAAAGAACAUCAGUAUGACAGCAAACAGGAAGACUUAAAUGAAUUACUUAAUGGCAUGGAUGAAGAACUGGACAGCCCUGAAGAACUUGGAAAAAAGCGUAUUUGUAGGAUUAUCACCAAGGAUUUCCCCCAGUAUUUUGCGGUGGUUUCUCGGAUUAAGCAGGAGAGUAAUCAGAUUGGUCCGGAAGGAGGCCUCUUGAAUAGCACAACUGUACCCCUUGUGCAAGCAUCUUUCCCAGAGGGUGCUUUAACCAAAAGAAUCCGUGUGGGCCUCCAGGCCCAGCCUGUUCCUGAUGAAAUUGUGAAAAAAAUCCUUGGAAAUAAGGCAACAUUUAGUCCAAUUGUCACUGUGGAGCCACGAAGGAGGAAAUUUCAUAAACCAAUAACUAUGACCAUCCCCGUGCCACCACCUUCAGGAGAAGGAACAACCAAUGGUUUCAAAGGAGAGAUCACACCUAGUUUGCGACUUCUCUGUAGCAUUACAGGGGGAACUUCACCUGCUCAGUGGGAAGACAUCACCGGAACCACCCCACUUACCUUCAUAAAGGACAGUGUCUCUUUCACAACCAAUGUUUCAGCCAGGUUUUGGCUUGCUGACUGCCAUCAAGUUUUGGAAACUGUGGGGUUAGCCUCUCAACUUUACCGAGAACUAAUAUGUGUUCCCUAUAUGGCCAAGUUUGUUGUUUUUGCCAAAACCAAUGAUCCAGUGGAAUCCUCCUUGCGUUGCUUUUGCAUGACAGAUGAUAAAGUGGACAAGACCUUAGAGCAGCAAGAGAACUUUGAAGAAGUUGCAAGAAGCAAAGAUAUUGAGGUCCUAGAAGGAAAGCCAAUUUAUGUCGACUGCUAUGGAAAUCUGGCUCCUCUGACGAAAGGAGGACAGCAGCUUGUUUUUAACUUUUAUGCUUUCAAAGAAAAUAGACUGCCAUUUUCCAUUAAGAUUAGAGACACCAGCCAAGAGCCUUGUGGUCGUUUAUCAUUCCUGAAAGAACCAAAGACUACAAAAGGACUAUCACAAGCAGCAGUUUGCAACUUAAAUAUUACCCUGCCAGCACAUAAAAAGGAAACAGAGUCAGAUCAAGAUGAUGAGACGGAGAAAACAGAUCGACGUCAGAGUUUUGCAUCUCUGGCUUUACGUAAGCGCUACAGCUAUUUGACUGAGCCUGGAAUGAAAACAGUUGAACGGAGUGCAGGAGCCUCAAGAUCCCUCCCCGCUACUUAUUCAUACAAGCCAUUUUUUUCUACGCGACCCUAUCAGUCAUGGACAACAGCUCCAAUUACAGUGCCUGGGCAAACCAAAUCAGGCUUCACUUCCCUAUCAAGCUCUUCCUCUAAUACUCCAUCAGCUUCUCCGUUGAAGUCAAUAUGGUCCGUUUCUUCCGCUUCUCCAAUCAAAUCCACCUUAGGAGCUUCCACAACAUCUUCGGUCAAAUCUGUCAGUGACGUGGCCUCUCCCAUUAGGUCAUUUUGGACCAUGUCUUCACCAAUCAAAACAGUUGUGUCGCAGCCCCCCUACAGUAUCCAAGUUUCCCCCAGCUCACUCAUAAGAGCUCCCACUGUCACGGUCACGAUCCCGGAGACUACUGCUCUAAAAGGCCUGGCAUCCACUUCGGCAUUUCCCUCUCGAACGUCUCCGGUAACUACAGCCGGUUCGCUCUUGGAGAGGUCGUCCAUUACCAUGACCCCUCCAGCCUCGCCGAAAACGAACAUAAACAUGUACUCUUCAAACCUACCGUUUAAGUCAAUCAUCACAUCGGCAGCUCCGCUCAUAUCUUCGCCUUUGAAGUCAGUGGUGUCUCCCUCGAAACCUGCAGUUGACACCACCUCAUCUACUAAGGUCAUGAUGGCCCCUUCGUUCUCAUCUCCUGGGAAGCAUGUGGCUGGACAUGCAGAAGUACCAUUAGUUAAUGGAUCGAUUUCUCCUUUGAAAUACCCUUCAGCUUCAGCUUUGAUAAACGGCUCUAAAGCCGCGGCCUCUGCCACGUUUCAAGAAAAGAUCUCCGCGGUUACCAACUCCGCAAAUGGGGUGCUGAACGCCACCAGUGAUACAGUUGAGAGAGUGUUUUCUACCACAUCCCCCAUGCAGUUUUCCCCCCUCAGGUCAUUUGUGUCUGCAACGCCGUCAGUGUUUCCAUCCAUAAGGACUCCUGCAAGUGCCCUGUACGCAUCCCUGGGGUCAACUCUCUCUGCAACUACCUCAUCGGUCACCUCAUCGACGAUCACAGUGCCCGUAUACUCUGUGGUCAACGUGUUGUCGGAACCAGCAGUGAAGAAGCUUCCCGACUCUUCUUCACUUACGAAAUCAGCAGCUGCUUUGUUGUCCCCCAUUAAAGCACUGACUCCCGAAACCCGUACUCAACCCCACUUCAGUCGAACAUCCUCACCCGUCAAAUCGCCUCUGUUCCUCACCCCCUCUGCCCUCAAGUUAUCCACACCAUCAUCUUUGUCGUCCAGUCAGGAGAUACUGAAAGAUGUUGCUGAAAUGAAAGAGGACCUGAUCAGGAUGACUGCAAUAUUGCAAACGGAUGUGGCAGAAGACAAGUCGUUCCAACCUGAAAUGACGAAGGAGGGGCGGAUUGAUGAUGAGGAACCUUUUAAAAUCGUGGAGAAAGUAAAAGAAGACUUGGUCAAAGUCAGUGAGAUCCUGAAAAAGGAUGUGUGUGUAGAAAAUAAAGGGGCGGCUAAAGCCUCAAAAAGCGACAAGGGCCAUUCGUCCGAUGAAGACUGGAUAGAGUUUACUUCAGAGGAAAUCAGAGAAGCAAGGCAGCAUGUUGCUGUGGGCCAGGCCUCACCUGGGGCAGAAAACGUUCAACUAAAAGCAAAGGCCGUAUCUGAAAAAGAUUACAACUUGACAAAAGUCCUAGAUUACUUAACGAACGAUAUUGGGAGUGGUAGCUCAUUGACCAACUUGAAGUACAAAUUUGAGGAUGGAAAGAAAGAUGGUGAGGAGAGACAGAAGAGAAUUUUGAAACCAGCCAUUGCCUUGCAAGAACAUAAGCUCAAAAUGCCUCCAGCCUCCAUGAGGCCUUCCACUUCAGAAAAAGAAUUAUGUAAAAUUGCCGAUUCCUUUUUCGGAACCGACACGAUCUUAGAGUCUCCAGAUGAUUUUUCUCAACAUGACCAGGACAAAAGUCCCUUGUCUGACAGUGGCUUUGAAACGAGGAGUGAAAAGACGCCUUCCGCCCCUCAGAGCGCCGAGAGCACAGGCCCAAAGCCACUGUUUCAGGAAGUUCCCAUCCCUCCUGUCAUCACAGAAACAAGAACCGAAGUCGUGCACGUGAUUCGGAGCUACGAACCCUCAUCAGGAGAGGUCCCCGGGCCCCAGCCCGAGGAACCGCACUCCCCAAAACCAACCCCGGCCUUUGUGGAAGUGGAGGCAAAGCCCGCUGGGUCCAGUAUCAAAGAAAAGGUUAAGGCCUUCCAGCUGAAAGCCAGCAGUGAAGAAGAUGACCAUAACCGGGUCCUGGGCAAAGGUGUCCGUGUGAAAGAAGAAACUCACAUCACCACUACCACCAGGAUGGUGUAUCGUUCACCUCCAGGCGGUGAGAGUUCCUCCGAACGAAUCGAAGAAACAAUGUCUGUCCAUGAUAUUAUGAAAGCCUUUCAAUCUGGACGGGACCCUUCCAAAGAACUGGCAGGUCUGUUUGAGCAUAAAUCUUCCGUGUCACCAGAUGUUCACAAGGCUGCUGCUGAAACGUCCCCACCGCAUGCAGAGAGGGUCAGCAAAACAAAACCCAAACUGGAGCGUAGAAUAGAGGUCCACAUUGAAAAAGGUAAUCAGGCUGAGCCUACUGAAGUCAUUAUUAGAGAAACCAAAAAGCAUCCCGAAAAGGAAAUGUAUAUGUAUCAGAAAGACUUAUCUCGGGGAGAUGUUAACCUAAAAGACUUUCUGCCCGAAAAACAUGAUGGUUUCCCUGGUUCUGAUGACCAGGGCCUGCAGCAAGAAGAAGAAGAACUGACAGUCGAAGAGUCUCUUCCUUCCUACCUGGAAUCUUCUAGAGUAAACACUCCUGUAUCCCAGGAAGAGGACAGUCGCCCUAGUUCUGCGCAACUCAUUUCUGAUGACUCAUACAAAACGCUGAAGCUUUUGAGUCAACACUCAAUAGAAUACCAUGACGAUGAGUUGUCAGAACUAAGAGGGGAGUCGUACAGGUUUGCCGAGAAAAUGCUUCUGUCAGAGAAGCUAGAUGUGUCUCAUUCUGACCCUGAGGAGUCGGUGACCGAUACUGCAGGACCCCUCAGUGCAGAAUUCCCGGGGUCGGACAGGCGAUCCAGAGAAAAACUAGCCACUGCCCCCAAGAGGGAAAUUCUCUCCAAAAUCUAUAAAGAUGUAUCCGAAAAUGGGAUAGGUAAGAUGUCUAAAGAUGAGCAUUAUGAUAAAGUGACAGUGUUGCACUACACUGGAGAUAUUAGUAGUCCAAAGCAAGCUAUGUGGAUGCGGUUCACGGAAGACAGAUUAGACAGAGGUAGAGAGAAAUUGCUUUAUGAAGACAGGGUGGACAGGACGGUGAAGGAGGCUGAAGAAAAAUUGACCGAAGUGUCACAGUUUUUUCGGGACAAAACGGAAAAGCUGAAUGAUGAACUGCAGUCCCCAGAGAAGAAGCCUCACCCAAGGAAUGGCAAGGAAAUGCAUUCCUCUCCCAGCUCAGCGAGCAGCAGCCCUGAGAAGGGACUACUGACUGAGUUCCUGGCAUCGAACGAUGACUGGUUCAAAACCCGGCCGCCUGGGCAGGAGGGAAAGGGCUUCCCUAGAGCAGAGGAGAGGAGGGCAGCCAGCAUGCCCAGCAGUCCGGAAAAGAGGGUCCCAUCGAACCAGGCCGAGGGCGGCAGACCUCCCCCGGUUGCCCGGGGGAGCCCCACCAUACCGAGCAAGGUGGCCGAAGGGCCGCAGUCUGGAUUUCAGCUCCAACAGUCAAAGCUCAAUUCUAUCCGGUUAAAAUUUGAGCAGAGCAUUCACCCGAAGGUGAGAACUGUGCCACAGGAUGAAAGGAAGCCGGAUGGUGAGUCAAAGAGCCCACUGAAAAAAAUUCAGGACAGUAAGCUGCCCGUCUACCAGGUCUAUGCCCGAGAAAAGCAGGAGAAGCCCUUAGAUCUUGCAGAUGGCAAUGAGUAUUUGCACAGAGAAGUUCCUGCAAUGAAAGCAAAGGAGGAUCAGGCCCACAACAUCGAAGUGACCACAGAUGGCAUUUGUUCCACAGAUGGACAGAAACCGAGACCUGAAAUGCCAACUAAAACAGUGCCUGAAUAUUUUUCUGAGCAACGGGCUAUAGACUUGGCGUACAGUGUGAGCUCUGACCUGACCACUAAGGGACCAUGGGACAAAAAGAUCUUUAGGACAUGGGAAAGCUCUGGAGCACCUAACCAUAAAAUACAGAAAGAAAAACUCUCUCAUGUCCUGGUUCAAGAUGUCAUAAAAGAAAAUCAUGUGGCCCACCCUGAGAAAAUGGGCCUGGACCAGAAAAGCGAAUCCAUCUCUGUGACGGAGAGGGAGCGUAGAUUACUCACAAAUGGGUCUGAUUCCGAGAUGAAUGAAGUGACUGUAAAAUCGCCAUCCAAAAAGGUUUUGUACAGAGAGUUCGUUGUUAAGGAAGGGGAGUGCACCAUCGAAACGAUGGACAAAACUUCCAAAAGGAAAGAAGGCCCUGCUAUGUCUCACAUACCAGUCCGAAUUGCUGAUGAGAGAAGAAUGUUGCCACCGGCUGGUCCUGAUGGGGUCUGUGAGCAGCCCAAAUUUUCAAAACAAGAGUUGUCGCCCAAAGCACCGCCAUCAAGCACGGGGAGAGAGAAAGCGGAGGUGCAGCCGUUCAAUUCUGUGGAAGAUGAGAAAAUUAGAUAUUCAGAGAUCAGUAAAAUGUCCAAACAUCAGAGUUACGUAGGGCUAUGUCCUGCUCUUGAUGAGAUUGAGACGUCCCCUAGCAAAUCUCCUGAUUCCUUAGAGUUUAGUCCAGGAAAGGAAUCGCCCCUGAGUGAGUUGUUUGACCCUAGUCCCAUUGAUGGCCUGGACAAAGUUGCGCCUUUAGCCCAGACAGAAGGAGGGAAAGAAAUAAAGACUUUACCUGUGUAUGUCAGUUUUGUCCAAGUAGGAAAGCAAUACGAAAAAGAGGUGCAACAAGGAAACGUAAAAAAAAUCAUAAGCCAGGAAUGUAAGACAGUCCAAGAGACCAGGGGAACCUUCUAUACCACUAGACAGCAAAAGCAGCCUCCUUCUUCUCCCCAAGGUAGUCCAGAAGAUGAUACUCUAGAACAAGUAUCCUUUCUGGACAGUUCUGGGAAAAGCCCUCUGACCCCAGAAACACCCAGCUCAGAGGAAGUGAGUUACGAGUUCACAUCUAAGACCCCGGACUCACUUAUAGCUUACAUCCCGGGCAAACCGAGUCCAAUUCCUGAGGUGUCAGAGGAAUCUGAGGAGGAAGAGCAGGCCAGGUCAUCUUCCACAAAGCAAACCACAGUGGAGGAAGCCACGGCCAUUGAGAAAGAAAUACCCAGCAGCGCCAGCAAAGAUGCUGGCAAAAGACCAAAAGGAAACAGGGUCGCCUAUAUUGAAUUUCCACCCCCUCCACCGUUAGACGCAGACCAGGCUGAAUUAGAAAAGAAACAGCGUUUUUCCCCCGGGAAGGAUAUGGAAAUGAUCGAGGUCAACCUGCAGGACGAGCUGGACAAGUACCAGCUGGCUGAGCCGGUCAUCAGAGUGCAGCCACCUUCUCCCAUUCCUCCGGGCGCGGAUGUCAGUGAUUCAAGUGAUGAUGAGUCCAUCUACCAACCGGCCCCAGUUAAAAAGUACACCUUCAAGUUAAAGGAAUUGGAAGAUGACCAGAAAGAAACCUCAAAAUCUAAAGCCUCCGGGAAGACUCCUGGACAGAAAGAUUUAGUGAGCCACAGCCCUGGAAAGGAUAAUGAGUUUGAUCUCGAUUCACCGCAGAAUGAAGUAGCUCAGAAUGGGAACAACGACCAGUCCAUCACUGAGUGUUCUAUCGCAACCACUGCAGAAUUUUCCCACGAUACAGAUGCGACAGAAAUCGACUCCCUGGAUGGGUAUGACCUGCAAGAUGAAGACGAUGGCUUGACGGAGAGCGAUUCCAAACUCCCCGGCCAAGCGGUUGAGUUAAAAAAAGAUGUCUGGAACACAGAGGGCAUUUUAAAGCCAACGGAUCGCUCUUUUAGCCAAAGCAAACUUGAAGUUAUUGAGGAAGAAGGAAAGGUCGGGCCGGAAGAAGAUAAGCUACCUGUCAGAGGCUCAGUGCCUGAAAAGACUUCAGAUAAGAUGGAUCCGAAGGCGGGGUCCCAGUUUUUCACCUUAGAAGGCAGACAUCCCGAUAGAUCGCUGUUCCCCGAUACAUACUUCAGUUACAAAGUGGACGAAGAAUUUGCAACCCCGUUUAAAACCGUGGCGACCAAAAGCCUAGAUUUUGAUCCUUGGUCCAAUGGCAGAGGCGAUGAUGACGUAUUUGAGAGCAAGUCGCGGGAAGAUGAAUCCAGGCCGUUUGGUCUGGCGGUUGAAGACAGAUCUCAAGCCACGACACCUGACACCACUCCAGCCAGAACGCCCACUGAUGAAAGCACCCCCACUAGCGAGCCCAAUCCCUUCCCAUUUCACGAAGGCAAGAUGUUUGAGAUGACCCGCAGUGGCGCAAUUGACAUGAGCAAGAGGGAUUUUGUUGAAGAGAGGCUCCAAUUUUUCCAGAUUGGUGAGCAUACUUCUGAAGGGAAGUCAGGGGACCAGGGGGAAGGGGUUAAGAAUCAAGUCCCAGUCACCUCCCAGCCACAGUCAGGGGGCAGUGCCAUAGAAACAAGCCUAGAGAGAAAUGUAGAGGCCCCGGAGGUGGAACCCAAGCCCAGUCUCCAGACCAGCGGAGAGUGUCAGGAAAUGGCGCUCAGUAGUAGCUCCCUGGAGAAGUCAUCUGCAGCAGCGAACACAGCCAAAGUCGACUCCAAGUCGCGCACUCCAAUAAAAAUGGGGAUUUCGGCUUCCACCAUGACCAUGAAGAAAGACGGUCCUGGAGAAGAGACAGAUAAGCUAGACGCUGGCAUGUCCAGUUGUCAGGGAUUAUUAGAGAAUGACAAUCUAACAGCGAUUUCAAGUUCAGCAACUAGCCAGAAGGGCUUUAGGGCCAAAGAAACGCAUGCUUUUCAAAAAGAUAAUUUUAAUAACAACAACAAUUUGGAUUCUUCCACUCUCCCUACUGAAAAUAGUACCAGUAAUGUAGUGCUAAAAGAACCUCCUGAACCCUCUUGUACCACAGAAGCAGCUAAACCAGAGAAAAGCUCUUCAGGAAAAAGCCCAGGGUCACAGCCACAGCCAGGCUCACAGUGUAUCAGAGCUGAGCAGAAAGUACCUGGAGAGCAACAGAAGCCAAAAGAGCUCAUAGGGAUUAGGCCAAAAUCCAAACUGCCCAUCAAAGCCACCUCGUCAAAGGAUGCCUCCCCACAAAGUAGCGUUCCAAACAUGGCAGUGAGUAAAGUGAGACAGCCUCGUAGCACGCCUGAGAGCACCAAAACAUGCCCUGCCUCUCCAUGUCUAGAAAUGAAGUCCAAGAUUCCAGUUAAAGACACACUCAGGGAAAAUCUAGCCCUAGCUAGAAAAACAUGCACUAUACAGAAGCAAGGACAGCUAGAGAAAGGCAAAGUCAAGCAACUUCCCUCCAAAUUGCCAGUCAAGGUAAGAGCCACCUGUAUUACCACCACGACAGUGAAAGUGAGGAAAAACCAGCUUAGGGAGGUAUGUAAGCAUUCGAUUGAAUAUUUUAAGGGCAUUAGCGGUGAGACGUUAAAACUCGUGGACCGUCUGUCGGAGGAAGAGAAAAAGAUGCAGCCGGAGGUGUCCGACGAUGAAGACAGUACCUCGAGAAUCGCGCUGUUGUCGGAAGCUCCUCGGCUCGGGCUGCCCUCCAUUCCUUCGAGGCUCGCUAGAGAUAAGAGAACAGAGGCAGCAACUUUAAAAUCAAAGAUUGAAAAGGUCGACAGGAGCAGUAAGAGGACUGGUCCUCAGAGUCCAUGUGAAAGGACAGAUAUAAGGAUGGCAAUAGUAGCCGAUCACUUGGGGCUUAGUUGGACAGAACUCGCAAGGGAACUGAAUUUUUCGGUGGAUGAAAUCAAUCAGAUCCGUGUAGAAAAUCCAAACUCUCUAAUUGCCCAGAGCUUCAUGUUAUUAAAAAAAUGGGUUACCAGAGAUGGAAAAAAUGCCACAACUGAUGCCUUAACUUCUGUAUUGACAAAAAUUAAUCGAAUAGAUAUAGUGACCCUGCUGGAAGGACCAAUAUUUGAUUAUGGAAAUAUUUCAGGCACCAGAAGUUUUGCAGAUGAAAACAAUGUUUUUCAUGAUACUGUUGAUGGUUGGCAGAAUGAAGCAUCUAGUGACAAUACAGAAUCACCACCACCCCUGGGAUGCAGAAUGAUUGGUGGCGUACUCGAUCGACUAGAUGACAGCCCUGACCAAUGUAGGGAUUCUAUUACCUCAUAUCUUAAAGGAGAAGUUGGAAAAUUUGAAGCCAACGGAAAUCACUCCGAAGGUACUCCAGAAGGAAAGACUAAAUCUCAUAUUACAGAUUCACAAAAUGAUGUAGGGAAACAGAAAGAUAGAGAGACCCUGAAAUCAAAAACACAAGGUCCCAUUCGUAUUGAAGAACAAACAUCGUCGCUAACAGGCUACCAGAAGUCUGUAGAAGAGAUGAGCAAGCCAGCAACAGAAGAGCCUAAAACCUCCGUGCCUGUCAGUGGGAAAAAGAUAAAUAGGACUUCUCCCGGAGAUGGAAAGCCAAGGCUUACCCUCCAGGGGGAGGAGGGAGCAGGAAUAUCUGACCAUAAGCAGGGAGAAGGCUAUAAGAUGAAGACAAAAAAAGAAAUCAGACAUGUGGAGAAGAAGAGUUAUUCAUAACAGCCCAACAGUGAACGGACUGUGAGCUCUUACUGCCAGGAUUCUAGAAAGCCGUGUAAGGAA